UGUUCCGGUAAUCCAGAUGCCAAAAGACUUUACGAUGAUCUGCUUUCCAACUACAACAAGUUGGUACGACCAGUCAUCAAUGUCACCGAUGCUCUCACCGUCAAAAUUAAACUCAAGUUAUCGCAACUUAUCGAUGUUAAUCUCAAGAACCAAAUCAUGACAACGAAUUUAUGGGUUGAACAGGCCUGGUACGAUUACAAGCUUAAAUGGGACCCAAAAGAUUAUGGUGGCGUCGAGAUGCUUCACGUUCCAUCGGAUCACAUAUGGAGACCAGACAUUGUCCUAUACAACAAUGCCGAUGGCAAUUUUGAGGUGACGCUCGCCACAAAGGCUACCCUCAACUACACGGGGCGUGUUGACUGGAAACCACCAGCCAUUUACAAGUCUUCCUGCGAGAUAGACGUCGAAUAUUUUCCAUUCGACGAACAAACGUGCGUCAUGAAGUUCGGAUCGUGGACUUACGAUGGAUUCCAAGUGGAUCUGCGCCAUCUGGACGAGAUAAAGGGAUCUAACGUAGUGGACAUUGGCAUCGAUUUGACUGAGUUCUACACAUCUGUUGAAUGGGACAUCUUAGAAGUUCCUGCUGUUAGGAAUGAAAAGUUUUAUACAUGCUGUGAUGAACCGUACCUAGACAUAACAUUCAACAUAACGAUGAGAAGAAAGACGCUCUUCUAUACCGUUAAUCUUAUAAUCCCAUGUAUGGGCAUCUCUUUCCUCACCGUACUUGUGUUCUAUCUUCCCUCCGACAGCGGCGAAAAAGUUAGUUUAUCCAUCUCUAUUCUUCUUUCGCUGACUGUAUUCUUCCUCCUUCUCGCUGAGAUCAUUCCACCCACGUCGCUUGUGGUACCCCUGUUAGGCAAAUUCGUGUUGUUCACCAUGAUUUUAGAUACGUUCAGUAUAUGCGUCACAGUAGUAGUUCUGAACGUCCAUUUUCGUUCACCACAGACACACGUGAUGGCACCAUGGGUGCGGAGAGUCUUCAUCCACAUUCUUCCACGACUUCUCGUAAUGCGUCGACCUCAUUAUCAGUUGGACAGUAGAAGUCAUCGUGUUAUGGUUAGAACAUGUAACGGUUUAGAGUUAAGAGAUUCGGGACUCUAUCACGAUACCUCCGACUUGGCGGAGGAUCCGUCGGGAUUUUUCCCGAACGCUAGCUCCAUAGAUGAACUGACCCCAAGGCAAGAUAGUAUACCAACGAGCACUUCUUUUCAAGACGAUCCAAUUGCAAUAGUUUCAGAUGUUUUAGAAGCUGGAUCUUCAUCACGUCGAGAUGAUUCAUCCACGGCAACUUCAGACCCACUUUGUGAUAUCGAGUUACAUCCUGAAAAGAGUUCUCCUGAACGGCAAAUUCUAGUUGAAAGUGAUGUUAAUCGAUGGCACCACUGCCCUGAAGUCCAUAAAGCCAUAGAUGGUGUUAGAUUCAUUGCAGAUCAUACCAGGAGAGAAGAGGACUCCACAGUCAAGGAAGACUGGAAGUACGUCGCCAUGGUCCUUGACCGUCUCUUUCUGUGGAUUUUUACCCUAGCAGUAUUGGUAGGUACAGCUGGUAUCAUACUUCAAGCACCGACUUUGUACGACGACAGAAGGCCCAUCGAUAUCCGUCUCUCCGAAAUAGCCUCUACAACGGCGAAGCCCCAUCUAGCGAUUUCACUUUAA